ACAUCCCAGAGGACAACAGGAUAUCGCGUGUCACAAGCGGAAACGGCCGGUCAGCCCUUGUUUUCUGAACACAACAACAAGAGAACACUCGUGACUCUCUCAGUAAACAAGGCCUCAACACUUAGACAAACCGUUCAACAUGGCCUUGACGUCGGGGAUGGAUAUCCCGUACUACGCGACGGUGUUCGGGUCCCUGGCGGUGUUCCUGCUCAUGUACCGACUGCUCAGUCCCUGGAUCCUGCGCAGAAUGUUCCCGUCCUACUACACCGCACAGCCCGACAGUGCCAAGCCACAGCUACACGAAGCAACGAUGGCUGCAUGCUCCUCAAUAGUAGUGGGCAUCUGGGCAUGCUCUGUCUACUUUUUGAACGAUAACGUCAAAGGAAACCUCAUAAGGUACGACGCCCCCAGUGUCAGAUACAACUGUGCAAUCUUCUUGGGUUACGCCAUGGCAGACUCCUCCCUGAUGGCGAUACACCCGCAGACAGGCGGAGUCCUGUACCACAUACACCACGCCGUAUCACUCUUCGUCGGUUAUGUGGGAGUUUUCUACAGUUGUUUCCCCUACCAUACCAACAUAGGCAUGAUGAUGGAACUCUCCAACCCUUUCCUAAACCUCAGGUAUAUCCACAAUGACCUAAAAUACCCCACAAAAUCCCUGUCGUACUUUUGGAACGGGGCCGCGUUUUUACUGACCUUCUUCCUGGUCCGUGUGGUGUCCAUGGGGGGAUACUGGUACAACAUGAGCCUCGCUGCCAGAGAGGAUGAUUUUUACCAUCUCCAGAUCCCAGUCUAUAUUUGCUACCUCGGCGGCGGGGUUGUUUUUACGUCGCUGAACGCCUACUGGUUCUCCCAGCUGUGUAAGGAAGCGUACAGGGUAUUCACGGCCAAGAAGGACGACUGAGUGAUACGUUUUUGAUCUUCUGCAGGGAAUAUCGUCAUCACAUUGAAGCCAUUUUAAGAAUUUGGUAGUAGAAUCAUUCCAUGUCUAAGAUACGUAAUUUUCAAGCAGAUGCAAAGAUCGGCAUAUCUUACACGUAUUUUUGCAAUUUGCGAUAGUGAGCAUUUUCCUCUUUUCGCCUCCUCCCAAACUGAUGCACACGUGUAGGAUAAGACAAUCCCUAUAUCUGCUUAAAGAUUAAUUUAUACGGGCGGCCAUAGAUAAAGUAUAGCGAGUUUGUUGAGUGCCGAUGUGCCGUUGCCUUAUCAAAGUAAGAUGGAAUUUUGUUCGGCAAAUCAUUGUGUGAACAAACACUAAGCAAGCAAGGUGAAUCUCAGACUAGCUUUGGUAGUGUGCUCUUCGAAUACUUGGGGUGACUGAGGUACGUAGUAAAUGCGUGUAAUAGUGACACGAAUAAUGGAUCCAAGCUUCCAGCUUUUACAAGUGCUUCCUCAAUAUGCUGCAUUUGCCAGGGUUUGAAGUAAAUAAUGAUAAUAAUGAUCUUAGAAAUGAUAAUCUUUUAGUCCAUUUACAUUGAUAUUUUGAUAUUUUAUGUGGUUCAUGUUACUGCCUUUUCGUCAAAAUGUUUUGACACUAAAUCAUUUCGUGAGCAGCAUAUCCCCUACCUCAUUUUCACAAAAAUCCUGUUUUGCUGCUAUGUAUGUGGUCAUCCAUUUAUGAUAAUAACUUCUCAUUACAAGGUGCGCGUUUUACCAAAUAUUACGACCAGGCACGGGUUAUCUUACCUUACCAAAUACCCAGCUUUCAUUUAAACGUAGUUCAGACAUCUAUAAGUUCAGAUAUAUUUAAAAUCAAUGCAUUAAAAAAACUAUGACAUUUCAUACACUGUUAUUUAUCGUUGAUGUUAAUUGUGAACUUUUAAUUGCCAAUUGAAUUAUCAAAAAUGUAAAUCCGAGCAAGUGCCGUCUUCCAACUUUGCACACUGCUAUUAUAUUAUUUUUAACUGUGAAAAUAAUUUCCCUUUAGUUAAUUUUAGGGGAUCCACGAACAUACAAACGAAUAUUUAAGAUGCUACGAAUAUAUUUAUAUGUUGUCGUUUGAUUUUCUAUGAGAAAUGUAAAUUGUAUAUAAGUUUUGCACUGUACGUUUGGACAUCUUACAACAGCUAGCUACGUGUAUAGCUUAAGGAAUUAAAUACAAAGGAUUUGAUUGAACAAUGAAUUUACAAUAAAGCAUUUCAUGAACACCAUGUACGUGUACACAACAUGAUCUAUUUGAUAGUCCAUUGAUGAUAGUCUCACUGGGUCUCUCACUAGAAUUUCAUAAAAUAGACAAAAGUUUCUUUUGUUUGUAAAGCUUGAGUUUGUAACAAUCCUGAUUCAUACUUACUUUGGACCUGAUAAAAUCUUACUAAAUAAAAUAUGUGCGGUGACUU